AGCAAAACGGGCUUUCAUUCCAGCAGGUCAAGCAAGUUCUCGUCUCGUACGUACAUCUUUCCCUACCUACCUGAGGCCUCUUCCCGGUUCAUUUUCCCGAGACACGGGGGCUUGUCCGCUCCAACCACGACUCGCUCACGGUCGCAACACACGCCGUAGAUCUGCUGGACAGCGGCAAACUGCGCCGCGUCUUCGCCGACAUCGCAACCGUCCGCGGUGGCGUCGGCACGCCAUGGUGGCGCAGGCGCUGGUGCUGGGCAACCAAGACAAGAAAAAGGAGAUGACGCUCGUCAACCUCACAACGGUCGGCAUCUUCUUCCCGCCCUUCCCGGCAUGGGCGCCUACGUCAGCUCCAAAAUGGUCGCCGUCAAGCUGCUGCAGGCCUCUGGGCCCGAGAACCCGCACGUCCGGAUCCACCAUGUCCACCCGGGCUUUCUCGACACCGCCAAGUCCGCCCAGCUGGCCAAGACCACCAAGCUGCCCUUCAGCUUCGACGACAGUACGUUAUCUCUUCGCCUCCUCUUGAUGGCAAACCCAUAUCGAUCAGAUUUUACCCCUUACUUCUCCCCAGUCUCUCCCCGCCGACUUCCUCGUCUGGGUCGUGUCGCCCGAGGCCGAGUUCCUCAACGGCAAGGUGGUGUUCGCCGCCUGGGACGUCGACGAGCUCAAGAAUCGCGACAAGGAGACUGUCGACAUCAACCCCUUCAACGGCGAGUUGUGGGUGGGCUCUCGGGCUUCCCGUGCUAUGUCGGCGGCCAUGCUCUUGGAGGGCACUAGAUGUAGAUGUCCAUGGAUGUCGGGAUGGUGAUAGGAAUUGUCAGUAACACGUCACCUGGCAUACGUGGGACACAGCCCUGCACCAAGGAAACACAUACAAUCAACGGCGGGCUGAGAGAGAGAAGCUGAAUUCAUUCCUAACAAUGGAGGGUGG